AUGUCGACCACUCUCCCUCUCUUCUGGGACCUCUCAUCUUCCUCCAAGCCAGCUCGUAUCGAUGCCUCGGUGAAGCUGGUCUCUGCUCUUGAGCACUUUCAGGCGCAAUUCGUGCCCAAGGCGUCACCGGAAACGUCUGACGAUGAAGACGAAGACGAGGAAUCCAAGGACCACAGUUUGGAUAACCUCAAUGCGCAAGAUGUCUCGUACUCAAUACGGAGACUUGUACGCGGCCUGGCAAGUCCGCGAGAAAGCAGCAGACUUGGGUUCGCCGUUGCAUUGACGGAGCUCUUGUCGCGAAUAAAUACGGUGUCGUGCGCGCAAAUUAUCACCUUGAUAUACGACUCGUCCAGAAUGCAAGGCUCGAUGUCUGGCCAGGAGGAACGGGACAUGCAUUUUGCACGUCUGUUCGGCCUCACGGCUGUCAUCCAGUCAGGUCUCCUACUACGGGACACGCCACUUCCCACCUCCGCGUCUUCUGCUACCCUUGCUUCAAGUCUCUCUAGCUAUACCGAUGUUCUGGCGAACCUCCUAGCUCUCGCCGAGAAGAAGUCCUGGCUGCGCGAGAGCGCCUGGUGGACAGUUGGCCUUGCCGUUGAUGCACUCAACAGCUGCGAUGUCCCUUGGAAGGAGGAUGCCAUCGAAGCCACCAUCAAUAUCAUUUGCGUGCAAAGCAAGGGCUGGACUCCGGAGAAGCUAGCCUUGACAGCAAAACUGCAAAGCCAAUAUCCGUCCCGGGACUGGCGGAAGUUGCUGUCUCCUACAUUCAAGCAUCCUGACCUACUGAGCACCGGAAAUCUCUCAACAAUUGCUCGUGUCCUGAAGGAAUCUAACCCUGAUGACGAUGAGGAAACAGAUGUUCCCAAAUCGGGCGCUUGGCGACCUCAGGUUCAUUUUGUAUGGGACAUUUUGCUUGACGGCGUUCUCGCAGACCCUUCAUCUGGCCCCGCCGUCAAGGGUUCAUUCCCGGAGUUCUUCCGGAUUGUUGUCGAUGAAUCUCUAUUUGCCUCUACAUCAUCGCCCCAGCGGAAGUAUUGGGGUUUCCAAGUAUUCCAGAAGGCGCUUCCCCGUGUCAGUUCCGCCGACAUGCCCAUGCUCUUCACCAAAAAUUUCAUGCGUUCCUGGAUCAACCAUCUCUCGAACAGUGACCGAUAUCUGCACAAGGCCGCUAAGCAAGUGGCUACUGACGUGCAAGCUAUCGUAAAAAAUAAUCCCACGCUCGGGUUCACCUUAAUCUUGCAGCUGACCGGCGUUCAUGGAAGUAGACAAUUUGACAAGCUCACAAAGACCAAAACGGUCGAGUCGAUCCUGACGUCAAUGGAUAAUGCUGGGAUCCAGAACUAUAUAGACUACCUGCUCAAGCAAGCGAACGACGAGCAAAGCUCAGACUCGGAUGCGCAGACAACGAAUGCGCGGCGUGCAUGGAUCAUCGACCAGCUUGCUGCACUCGUUCGCAACGGGGCCAUCCCGAAAAGCGACGAUUGGGUACAGUCGAUCUUGGAUUGGUUUGUCGUGCACGGUUUGUUCCUCAUUGUCAAGUCGUCGGAGAAGAAUCCUAUCGGAGCUUUGCGCACUCUGUCCUCCCCUCCUUUUUCUGACGAGCUUGCGAAGAGCUGUCGGGAACGCCUCUUAAGCUGUCUGGCGGAGCUCACGGGUCAGGCUACUGUUGUCAGCGGCGGUGAUAAGGCGGUGAAAGUACCCGCUGUAGCAUCUGAUGGAGAGUUCUGGAUUCAACGGGUGCUAUGUACUAUUGGGGAGCUAGAGAAGGACACGAAGCAUGUUCGUACGCUAGAUGACGUCGACGAGGAGCAACAGCAGUUGCGUAUCAAAGCUCGUCAGACUGUCGAGCGGCUCAGGAAGGUGCCAGAUGACCAAAGAGAGGCUGCGAAGGGCGCUGAACUCUUGCUGUCGGCCACUCUUUUACACCAUUACUGCGCUGACGAUGAAGCCGACCCGGAGAGUCUAGAGAGCUGCAUUGACGGCGCUUCCCGUAUGUUCCCUGUGGAAAGCCAGAAGAGCAAAAAGAAAUCUCGCAAAUCUGCGGGUGGCUCGGAGGGGCCCACUGAAGCCGAAGCAUUAGAGCCGGUGGACGUGCUUGUGGACAACGUGAUUGGGUUCCUUGAGCAGGCGACUGCUUACAUGCGCUCGGUGGCCAAUCAGGUGUUCUCUAUGCUGUCCGGCUCUGUGCGGGAGAGCACGGUCGACCUCAUACUGACGCAACUGGAACGGAGGGAUCCCGCCGAGCUCCGGGCCGAUGAGGACGAGGACGAGGAUGAAGAUGAAGGCAUGGGAGGUGGGGAGGGCGCGUCAGACGACGAGAGUGAAGAAGAAAGUGGAAAGGACGAGUCGUCCGACGAAGAGGAAGAAGAGGAAGAUAUGGACGAGGCUGAGGCUUUAGAACUUAGGAGAAAGAUUGAGGAAGCCUUGCGUAUAAACGGAGUCGAGGCGGCGACUGGUGAUACGGAUGAUGAAUCUGAAGAGGAGUUGAUGGACGACGAGCAGAUGCUUGCUAUCGACGAACAACUGGCUGCGGCAUUCCGCGCGCGGACCACUGACAGGAAACUUGGGAAAGACAUUGACGCGCAACGGGAGGCUACCCAUUUCAAAAAUCGAGUACUAGAUCUUGUCGACAUUUUCAUCAAGAAGCAGGUCACAAAUCCCUUGGCGUUGCGGCUGAUCUUGCCCCUGGCAGAUUUAAUCGUGAACACAGGUCCCGACGAGAAGCAGCUGGCUGACAAGGCAACGGGCAUUCUUCGAUCACGCAUAGGGAAAGCAAAAGAGCUCCCGUCUGGCGUGGACAAGGCGUAUGCCGCACAGGUGCUCGAGGAACUACAUUCCCGUGCACGCAGAACACCCUCGUCCGAUGUCCUCGCGACAUUGAGCCAAUGCAGCUGGUUCUUGAGCAAGGUGCUUCAGCAUCAGGACGUGACAGAGCCAAUUCUGAAAGCAUAUCGAGAAUCGCUGCUUGACUUUGUGUCGCGCAAGGCUUCGAAAUUGAACGGUGUCUUCUUCCAGGACUUUGUGCGUCGACACACCGACGUGGCGUGGGGUCUCCGGGACGAUCUAUCGGAAGCACCCGGGAAAGCAGUCAAUGUGUACCGGCAGGUCCAGGCUUAUCAAAUACUGAACACCCUGAUCAAUCGGUUUUCUGUCACUGACGAGCAUCGCAAUGACUUCCUUGCUUGCAUCUCUCAACUGUGCCGCACACUGCACGCAACAAUAUCUGGCGCCUGCGACCCUUCGUCAACGCACACGCCUGCCAACCUCAAAGAACUUCUAAAGGUCGGGCUGACCGUAGUGCGCCAGGCGAAGCGUGUCUCAUCAUCGCCUGGGGAGUUGAAGUCUAUUUGGGAGCCAUCCGAGUGGGCCAAUCUUGCAGGGAAACUGGCUGAGACCGAUCGAUUCAGAUCAUCGACUGGAUUGCAAACGAUGUGCAAGCAGAUCGCCCAGAUGGCGGGCGGAGAGUCGACGUCGGAGAAAAAGAAAAAGGGCGAUAAGGCGUCCGACGACGUCACUGGGUCAAAACGGAAGGCUGGCGCACUGGUCGAUGGCGAAGCUCCAGUGACAGAAAAAGCGAAACGCAAAAAGGUAAAGAAAGCGUAG